AUGAAACAUAUCCAUGAAGAAUAUGGUAGCAAACGUUAUCGUUUACGACAUAAUUUAGAUGUAAUAUUAUUUCUUUAUUGGUUUAUACGAUUAUUUAUUAUUUGUAUAUUUUUUGCAUUACUUGGCCUAUUAGGUAUACGAACAUUUUAUUUUCAACGUUCCGAUCAACUUAGUUUUCAAGAAUUAUAUGAUUGUGUUGUUUAUAAUACUGAUCAAUAUUGGAAAAGUCGUGAUUCAGAUGAAAAUAUUCAAAUUAAAAAAUUUCGUCGUUUUCGUAAAUAUCGUCAACAAUUUAACCAUGAUCAUCGUUUUUUAUCAAUGAUAAAUCCAUUAGCUAAUCGUUUAGUUUCAAUACGUGUUUGGUUGGAUUCAUGGUUACAAAUGGAUCGUAUUGAUAGAAAUUUAUUUGAACAACAUAAUCGUAUGCGGCUAUUUCCACAUUCACCAAUCAAAACACGUAAUCGUUUAUUAAUUUUUAUAAUGCUUAUAAAUUAUUUCAAUCAUUUCGUAUUAAUGUCCUGUAGUAAGUGUUUUAUUUAA